AUGGAUCUUGCAUACGAUCAUAUUGCCGAACAAGCUUACAUCGCGGGAGACCGCGCCACUACUCCGACACCUGCAACGACCACCUCAGACACCAAUGAUACCUCGACGCCAAAGACCACUUCCCCGAGACAGAGUCUGCAGUCAGAGUUUCAGGAGACCUUCAAGGCGUUUUCCAACUCACAAUGGGGCGUCAAACUGGGUGGUUUCUGGGGCAAUGUCAGAAAACAAGGGGAGAGUCUAUACGAGGAGGCGAAGAAGGAGGCAGCUGAAAUGGCAGUCGACAUGGAAGCCUUGCGCGUGAAGGGCGUCAAGGGAUUGGGGUUCGGUGCAGAACAGAAGGAGGGAGAGAAGGAUUCGAGCCGGGACGCAGACGCGGACGCAGAAUCAUCCAGCGCCGGCAAAGAAAGUGAGCAGAACAAGACAAUUCAAGAGACGGAGACCUUUCUUGAGCGAUUCAGAACCGAGGCCGCGAAGAGGCUGAGAGACGUGCAGCGAGCAGAGGACGCUGCCGACGAGGCACUCUUGAGGUUCGGCACAAAUAUCCGAAACUUUCUGCGAGAUGCCGUGUCGGUAACUGCUCCUGACGACGACGACGCUGCCACUGGCAAUCGCCAGGCUAGUGAGGUGCUUUUCGAAAGCAGAGACCCUACCUCGGGCAAAAGAGUCAUCCACACAAGCAGAUUCGACGCGCAGCUACAUGUCAUCCACACUACGGUGACGAGCUUCACCCAAGAUCCCAGUGGAGCGGGCAAUCAGUGGGACGACUUUAGAGAAGGGUUCGAUAUCGACAAGAUGACCGCCCGCAUUGCAGAAGACCUUGACAAGUACAGGGAGCUGAGAAGCACCAUGGAGCAGCUUGUGCCGGAGAAGGUCGAGUAUAAGGAUUUCUGGACGAGGUACUAUUUCCUGAGGCACGUAGUGGAGACGCAAGAAGAAAAGAGAAAGGAACUUCUCAAAGCAUCUGCACACGAAACAGAAGAGGUCGGCUGGGACGAGGACAGUGAUGAGGAACCAGCAGCUGUCUCGACUCCCCAACUACGAAACGAAGCCGUGCCCAAAGUCCUCGUUGCCCAGAACACCAACGACUCCUCCACCACGAUACACCAGACACCCGCGUCGGCGGACCCGAGCUCGCUCAAGCCCGAAGGCCGCCGAUCUCACGACGAGAAGUCCGUGGCCGACAGCGACGCCAGCUAUGAUCUCGUCAGUGGAGCGAACAGCCGGGCACCGGGAAGUCCGAAAGACGACAUCGGCCGGUCGCCCACCAGCAAGGUCGAGGAGGAGAGUGACGAAGAGGAUUGGGAGUGA